CAGUUACUACAUUCAGAGCGCACACUAGACGCUUUGGUCAAGGAGUAGGGUUGAUCCUAGCAUUCUGACCUCACAACUGCAGUCAAGCUAACUGGCUAACGUUGGCUAGCUAACGUACUUCCAGACACAAAUGAGAGAACACCUCAGUGUGACCAUUUUACUCAGCCUGUCGGAGCUGGUUAGGCUUUUUUCAUGUUAUCCAGGGCGUUGUUGACUGUAACUGUACUGCUGGCAUCAAUUUCGUUACGCCAACGUUUACUGACACCAGCCUUAUUCAACCGGUGUUGAGCGUUCGUAAAGUCAUCAGUUAUUCUGCGCUCACGCACACUCAGACAAGAGUGUUCUGAAAUCGGAGAAGAUAGCCAGAGUGAUUUUACGAACGCAACCUAUGUAUCAUUCAUGCUCUUCACUCUCCGAGCCAUUGCCCGUAUUAUACGUGAAGCUCUGUGCACGUGAAUUGGAGUUACUAUGGUAACAACAAGUAGCUAACAUUAGUGUUUAUGUAUCCACAGCUAGCUACUAGCCAACAAUCCUGCCUCCUAUCUACAAUGGCUGAAAUGUCUGCUAUGACCAGAAAAUGUAUUCAGAAUCUCGCUGAAACUCUUUCUAAACACGUCAAACACUGUAAGUUUGAGUUUUGAUAGCUAACGUUAGUUGUCAGAGUCUACGUUGCGUCCUGAGAUAGCUAUGUUACAGUAACGUUUCGCAGAACUUCUAAAAAUAAAAGCUAGCUAGCCAACUAACGGUUACCUAGUUUCUACUUCGCUGCAUUUAUCUAGCUACAGUAGCUAUAUAUCUAAUAACAAAACGUGCACACAAAAGUUAAUAGCUAGCUAUUGUUGUCUAGCUCCUCCAACUAAAACUCACCUUCCAUUGAACGUGUUGGCACCACUGUUUACGUGACAGAUGGGGGCGCUAUAAUCUUGCUUUGUUGAGAUCAUGUCAAAGUAUGUCCUGUGUUGAUGCAAAUUAAUAAAAGCAUAUAUCAGUCUAUGUAAAUUGAAAUGAUGCAUAUGGAAGCAGUACUAACUAAACAGAAACGGAUUGUCUGAUCCGACUAUUCAAUGGACUCCUGGGGGAUCAGAGUGACAGGAGGAUAGGGAAUGGCCUGGACAGUGGGAAAUUCAGGAAUAUUCUGCACAAUACCUUUGGAAUGACUGAUGAUAUGAUCAUGGAUAGAGCUUUGAUGUGUAUGACUUGUGUACAUUUCCCGGGAAGAGAUGUUCCAUAUGCUGAAGAACAGCCUGAUCAGACAGCCCACAGAGGAGGACCCAGACGAGGGCAUCAAAGACCUGGUGGUAAUCACGCUCAAGAAGAUGGAUCAUGACAGCAGACUGUCCUAUGCAGACUUUGAAAAGGCAGUGAGAGAUGAGAAUCUAUUGCUUGAGGCUUUUGGAACCUGCCUUCACGAUGCCAAGAGCAUAUUGGCAUUUGAGCAGCAUGCAUUCCAGGAUUCACUUGAGCGUUAAGGACAUCACUAAGUUAUUCAUAACACCAUUUUUUAU